AUAUAUACAUACUUCAUACACACACAACAGAUGAAUCCCUCAUCCCACACAGUCCAAUUCAAUUUCUAGAGAGAGAGAGAGAGAGAGAGAGAGAGAGUGAGAGUGAAUGAGAUCAGAGAUAUAUAUAUGAAGAUGAUGAGUAGUAGUCAGUGCAUAGUGCCCAGCUGGAAUCUCACCCAUCAAAGACCACAACAACAUGAACAAGAACAAGAAGCUGCUGCUGUUACUAAUGGUGGAAAUGGCAAUGGAGGAGAGAGAAACAGAUCGUCUUCUUCCUCUCACCAAUUAGCAACUCACGUGCAAUCAGACCACAACCUCACUAACUAUGUUGUCCCCAUGGCUAACUAUGAGGUUACUGAGCUUACCUGGGAAAAUGGACAAUUGGCUUUACAUGGCCUUGGAGGAAUCCUUCCUCAGAUCAAAUCUACGGCGGCGGCGCCGGCUGCAACCACCUGGGGUAAACCUGAAGAUCACACUCUUGAAUCGAUUGUUCAUCAGGCAACUUUCUCGAGCUUCCACCAGAAUAAUCUUCAGGCUAAAAAUUCAGUGGCCCCCAAAUCCCCAAAAUGGGGAGACGACGUACAAAUGCUGCACAUUGAACAGAAUCAGGAGGGAAGCUUGAGCUCCAUAGCAGCAUCCUCCGCCGGAAAAUGGAGGGAGAAUUCCGGCCAGGGUAAUUCCAGGUACCUGGGAACGACGGCGGGGAAGAAUCCUGCAGGGGCGGUGAAUAAGCGGGGGAGGGCGGCGGAGCCGCCGCCGGAGAGGGGUAUGGGAAGAAGUAGAGGUUUUCCGGCGGAGGAGAGGGCGGCGGCGUCGGCGUCGGUGUGUGCCAGCGCCAGCGCGACGGUCGGCCGGGAAACCGACGCGACGAUGAUGACGUGGAACUCGUUCGAAUCUCCGAGGAGUUUGAAGAGCGCCCGAAUUGGCGGCGGCGAUGAUGAUUCCGGCUGCCAUUUUUCUAAUUCGGAAAACCAGGUGGAAGAAAGAGUGAACAAAAAGGGGGAAAGCUUUAGGAGAAGAAGUCGAGCUGCAGCCAUACAUAAUCAAUCAGAAAGGAGACGAAGGGACAGAAUCAAUGAGAAGAUGAGGGCUCUCCAGAAGCUGGUCCCAAAUGCCAGUAAGUCUCUGCAGACGGACAAGGCGUCGAUGCUGGACGAGGUAAUCGAAUACCUUAAACAGCUGCAAGCACAAGUUCAAAUGAUGAGUGCUGCAAGAAACAUGUCAAUGUCUCAAAUGGUGAUACCUCAGCAGCAUCAGCAGCAGCAGCAGCAGCAGCUCCAGCAGAUGUCUUUAAUGGCCGCGGCGCGAAUGGGAAUGGGAAUCGGGAUGGGAAUGGGAGUGGCGCCGGGAAUGCCGGCAGCCAUGGGAAUGCUUGAUGUCAACACCUUAGCAAGAAAUUUCCCAAACUCCAUUCCUUCCGCGGCCUCAUUCAUGUCGCCGCCAUUCUCCAUGCCUCCCGUUGUUCCAAAACCAAGCGCCCGCGAUCAUCAAGCUUCGAUGUCCAAUCUCAACGAGGCCUACCAAUCAUUUAUUGCACAACAGUCCAUGAACAUGGAUUUCUUCAACAAGAUGGCUGCUCUUUACAGACAACAAGCUACUAAUCAGACACCAAAGACACCAGUCACUUUGUCACAGCCAAACAAUGCCCAACAAGAAUGACGAUAUAUAGUUGUUCUUACAGUGAUAUAUAUGUUUGGAUCUAUCUAUAUCUAUCUGUCUGUCUAUUUAUAUGUUUGCAAGUGUGCAUAGGUUCACUAUACUACAUUUAUAAAUUCCUCGUCAAAAAAAGAAAGAACGAAAGAAAGAAGAUGAUACAUAUCUUGAGCUCAUUAGUUUAUCAGGAAAAGCUCAAACAGGGUUUUUGUAACUCUAGUAAAUUCUUAUUGUGUGUAAUUUUUAUGUCUUGUUAACAAUAAAAUUUUCAUUUCUUAA